AUGGCCCACCAGCAGAUUAUUCAGCAUCUUCGCUCAAAUGUCUCCCCCAGCAUCCGCGCCAACAUUACUCUCCACUCCUCCGAUUCCAGACACCACACCGAAAUUGGUUGGCUAAGUUCUUACCAAAGUUUCACAAGGCCCUCAGCGUACUUGCCUUUUGGCUCCCUCAAAGCUCUAGGCGAGGACCGUGUUCAACCGCUGUCGGGUUUCCCAGCGCACCACCAUGAAAAUUUCGAGAUCUUCACUCUUGUCCUGAGCGGCGAACUUACGCAUCGAGACUCGAUGCUCGCAGCCGCGGAUGCUGAGGAGGAGGGCGACAGAUCUACCAGAUUUUACCGCAUACGGCGCAAAGAUAUACAGUUCACAACAGCGGGGACGGGCACCGACCACUCUGAAAUGAACGAACAUGCUUCGGAGACUGUCCACUUGCUCCAAAUCUGGGUGGUUCCAUGGAAGACCGGCCGACAGGCUACUGCCCAACAGGAGCGCGAGGCUGUGCCGGUCAAGGAUGGUACCAUUCCUAUUCAUGCCGACUCAGUCGUUGCAUCCGGCAUUAUCGACCCGCAGCACAAAUUUUCAUGGGUCAUCGGCGGUAAUGCCACAAAGACAGAGGCACGAAAGGUCUAUGUCCAUCUCCCUAUGGCAAAGAAUGGCCAAGGGAGGGUCAAAAUUGACGUCAAUGGCCAAGGACAUUCUGAACUGAACGAAGGAGAUGGUGCCUUUGUUGAAGGCACUGUUCUUGGGGAUACAUUCAAUGUCGAAAGCAUUGGCUCGGCGGCGGCGGAGGUCAUUGUGCUGGACGGCGCAUCUAAAGACCGAUAA